AUCCCUCAGGUGAGCUAUGCCUCCACGGCCCCAGAGCUCAGCGACAACAACAGGUACGACUUCUUCUCCAGGGUGGUUCCUCCAGACUCCUACCAGGCCCAGGCCAUGCUGGACAUCGUCAGAGCUCUGGGAUGGAACUACGUCUCUACUCUGGCCUCUGAGGGCAACUAUGGAGAGAGUGGAGUGGAGGCCUUCAUGCAGAUCUCCAGGGAGGCAGGUGGGGUGUGCAUUGCUCAGUCGGUAAAGAUUCCUCGUGAGCCGACAGCCGGAGAGUUCGACAAAAUCAUCCGUCGUCUGAUGGAGACAAGUAACGCUCGCGGUGUCAUCAUCUUCGCCAAUGAGGACGACAUCAAGCGUGUCCUUGAGGCGGCAAAGCGUGCUAACCUGACGGGUCACUUCCUGUUUGUCGGAUCGGACAGCUGGGGGGCCAAGAGUUCACCAAUCACAGAGCUGGAGGACGUGGCUGAAGGCGCUGUCACCAUCCUGCCCAAACGGACGUCCAUCGACGGCUUUGAUCAGUACUUCGUGUCUCGUUCUCUGGAGAACAACCGCAGGAACAUCUGGUUCGCUGAGUUCUGGGAGGACGACUUCAGGUGCAAACUGACCCGACCUGGAGUCAAACUGGACCCUGACAAGAAGAAGUGCACAGGUGACGAGAGGAUUGGCCGGGACUCGACCUACGAACAGGAGGGGAAGGUCCAGUUUGUGAUCGAUGCCGUCUACGCCGUGGCUCACGCCCUCCACAACAUGCACCAGGACCUCUGUCCCGGCAGCUUCGGGGUCUGUGGGAACAUGGACCCGGUGGAGGGACGUUCUCUGCUGGAAUACAUCAGAGCCGUCAACUUCAACGGUAGUGCAGGUACAAGUGUUCUGUUCAAUGAGAACGGAGAUGCUCCUGGACGCUACGACAUCUUCCAGUUCCAGAUGACCAAUCACAGCCACCCUGGUUACCAUGUCAUUGGCCAAUGGACCAAUAACCUGAGGCUGAAUCUGGAGGAGAUGCAGUGGUCUGGAGGAGACAGAUCUGUUCCAGACUCCAUCUGUAGUUUUCCUUGUAAACCAGGAGAGAGAAAGAAGAUGGUGAAGGGAGUUCCCUGCUGCUGGCACUGUGAGCUCUGUGAUGGGUAUCAGUACCAGGUGGAUGAGUUUAACUGUGAGACCUGUCCGUCAGACAUGCGCCCUGCCCCCAACAGAACCACCUGUCGCCCGACUCCCAUCAUCAAGCUGGAAUGGAACUCCCCCUGGGCCCUAGUGCCCGCCUCCCUCGCCAUGCUUGGUAUCCUAGCAACCAGCGCCGUGGUCGUCACGUUCAUCCGUUUCAACGACACGCCCAUUGUCAGGGCGUCAGGGCGGGAGCUGAGCUACGUCCUGCUGACAGGUAUCUUCCUGAUCUACCUGAUCACCUUCCUGAUGAUUGCUGAGCCAGGUGUGGUGGUGUGUGCGUUCCGGCGCCUCCUGCUGGGCCUCGGCAUGGCCAUCACCUACUCCGCCAUGUUAACCAAAACCAACCGCAUCUACCGCAUCUUCGAGCAGGGCAAGAGGUCGGUGACCCCGCCCAAGUUCAUCAGCCCCACCUCCCAGCUCGCCAUCACCUUCAUCCUCAUCUCUGUCCAGGUGCUCGGUGUGUUCGUGUGGUUCGCCGUCGUCCCUCCUCACACCAUCAUCGACUACGAGGAGCAGCGACCUCCGAACCCUGACUUCGCUCGCGGCAUCCUGAAGUGUGACAUGUCCGACCUGUCAAUCAUCUGCUGCCUCAGCUACAGCAUCGUUCUCAUGGUAACCUGCACAGUGUAUGCGGUGAAGAGUCGUGGUGUUCCAGAGACGUUCAACGAAGCGAAGCCGAUCGGGUUCACAAUGUACACCACCUGCAUUGUCUGGCUCGCCUUCGUACCCAUCUUCUUUGGUACCGCACAGUCCACCGAGAAGAUGUUCAUCCAGACAGCCACUCUGACCGUGUCCAUGUCUCUGAGUGCCUCCGUGUCUCUGGGAAUGCUCUACCUGCCCAAGGUCUACGUCAUUGUGUUCCACCCGGAGCAGAACGUUCAGAAGAGGAAGAGGAGCUUCAAGGCGGUGGUCCAGGCAGCCAGAUUGUCUCAGAAAUCAUCAAAUGAGAAACAGAACGGAGAGACCAAGAUUGAACCGGACAGAACGCAGUAGUACGACAGUAAUAUUGCAAUAAUACUGCACCCUACAGGUAGCUGCUGACCAAUCCCUGUGCAGAUCCUGAUGAUGUCAUGAAGAGAACACACAUGCACACACUCUCUCUCUCUCUCUCUCGUGUAAACUAUCCUCUGAGCUUUUAUUUCACUGUUUUUAAGAUGGAACAUAAAAAAAUUAAAAAAUAA